GUAUGCUUGUCCAACGCCUCGCACUCGCCGUUGGCACUAUUGUGCCGUUCGUCUUCUGCAGGGAGACAGUGAGAGAUGCGGCUCUCCUAGCAAGGCAGCUCGUUGCCUCUCCUCAAGCUAUAGGUGUCAUGGCCACCAUUUUCCCAGCCAACACGAAUUUACAAGGGGAGCCUUUCGCAUUGCAAGAGUAUUACGCGAGCUGUUACUCGAAUGGAUCAUUGAGCUUAAUUACGAUGCCAAUCUCCCGCCAUACACGCAAUAUCCGGCAUUCCCCAACUCAUUCUGCUUCCAUGACUGUCUGGAGCUCUCCGCCUGCGGCAAGUCGCGCUCGGGUGUCACUCAUCGGCAACGUUACUUUCCUGGAGACAAGUUUUGCGGUCAAUUCAGGUAUUCAAGAUUGCUACCUUGAGCAUCACCCAGAUGCAAAAUGGUGGUUACCCGAUGACCCUGAUGGUGCUCAUGAGGCGUAUUGGGCUAGAUUUGACCCCCAUAGUGUCUUCUUUGUCGGAGGAUUUGGCGACAAACAUUACAUCGGCGAUAUACCCCUCGAUCUCUUUCAAAGCAUAGAACCUGCAGGCAUCCAAAGUGGAACGGAGAUUGGGGAUGACCGGCUCUUUGUUCAAGGACGACUUUGACACGUCUGCCAACCAUGUAUUCAUUGCUUUGUGGUAGAUUUUGGUUAAAUUUUCAAGAAUUAAUGAAGACUUGUUUCCAGCCAUUGCACUUGCUCGACAGGAUCAAGCGCAUUGUCUUCACCACCUUUCCAUCACUUUCUGUUAAACCAUCACCCGAGAAAUUUUCACUGACUUUCCGUUCCAAUUCUCCAUCGAGGACUGCAUCGACCCACUGACGGUCCGUGUGCUCGUCAUAUUCAGCAGCUAGUAUGCCAAACGCUGUGACUAGAUGGAAGAGGACGGUCAGGUUUGACAAUGAAACGGCUCCGCGCGCCCAUAGGUCCGAGUUACGCUCUAGGAGACUCAGGACUCGAUAUGGUGUAGGUAAGUUCCAUUGGGGAUCACCAGCUUGGUUCCGUGAUGUCUGAGAUGCUGACUGUGAGUCCCGUUUGCCGUCCACAUGCACAGACAGAGGUCGUACUCUCCGCGCCUGAGGACGAGUACGUCCUGCUGAGCUGUUUGCAGACGAGGCACCACGGAGGCUCUGUGUAAGAUAUCGGUCGCAUAUUGCUACCUUGAACAUAUGUCCUAAUGUAGACUCUGGUAAAUCCCCAAGGAACAAUCGCAGCACAUCGUUCUGACUUGCUUGAAGCCGGACACCGACUGUUGUCAGGAAUUGUGAUGGGGAGAAGUGUUUGCUUUUCGUCAGGGGUAUCAGUGAAUUCAUUAAACGUCUCCCCAAACUUCUGCGCCAUUGGUCAUUCUGAUUGUAACAUAAAAACACAAUAUCCAGUACUGAGUCCACACAGGAACGCGGGUCUCCAUUUCUUGAAGCAGGUCGUAUUUGGGAUAGCAAAAGGAUAGAGUAGCAGUCUUCUUCAUUUCCGUGGUUUUCCACGAGAGCUUGGUCUUUUUCGAAUAGUAGAAUAAACCACUCUAAUAGAUCCCAUGAGUGUUUCCCGACUACUGCCGAGGACAAGUCCGCUUCUUCGUCCUCCUCGGGGUCUAUGUCGAGGAACGGGUCUUCUUUCUGCAUCAAAGCAAGGUCCUGUCGCGUGACGACACCUUUUCGCAGCAUACUCCAACAAUCCCUGCAUUCCUUCAGCCUUACAGCCUGCUUUGCGACGUAUGAGUCCAUAUCUUCCACCACGCUAGAAUUGCCCGUGACUGUACCUGGCCUCAGUGUGCGAGGUGAAUCGUCAAGCUCUGCUUCGGAGAGAGGAUAGCAUGGGAUGGCUCGUAGCAGCGACUCGGGUGAGAUCGAGUCCUUAACGAGCUGAUCUAGAAGCUCUUUUGCUGCUUGCGUAGCUUCUGGAGGCGGAAAGAGGGCCUGUUUCUGGAGUCGCCUGGCCUGCUGAAUCUGCUUUGAUGGGGAGCCGCUCACGACAGUCAUCUCUCUCCUCUUUCCUUUUUC